CUGAUUGGUCAACCUUUACACGCGCGAACGCGAGGCGGGCGGGCGCGGCACGAGCGCACCGAGACGGAAGGCAGGAAAGCCUCGACGCGCCGACGAGGAUCAGGUCGCUUCGGAUUUUGCUCUCUCUUUUUCUCCCAACAUGGAUCAACUAUUGUUCCUCAAAGGAAGAAGUGAGACCGCGCACUACCUCGCCCUUCACUCCGUGUGGAUUUCCGGAGCGAGAUAGAGUCCUUCAGGAUGCCGGACGAUCCUCGGCGACCCGCGAUCCGGUGGCUCUUUCUCUCCUUGUGUUUGGCGACCAGUUGGCACCAAGCCGCUGGUUCUCUUGGCGACGGCAGACGGAUGUGGCAGAAGCCCAAGCCGGUCCCGGUCAGUCUGGAAGAGUCCUUCCUCCGCGAUACUUUCCCCCCAGGGUUCCUGUGGGGCGCCGGCACCUCCGCCUUCCAGACCGAAGGGUCCUGGGACCGGGACGGAAAGGGCGCGUCCGUCUGGGACAAGUUCACCCAGUGGAAGGCGGCCGACGUGGCCGCCGACAGCUUCGCUCGCUGGGAAGAGGACUUGCGGGCGCUGGAGUAUCUGGGGGUGAAGUCGUACUCCUUCUCCCUCUCGUGGCCCAGACUGUUCCCCGACGGCAGAGCGAGAGGUCCCCCCAGUCAACCCGCAGUGGAGCACUACAACCGCCUCAUAAACGGGCUUCUGCAAAAGCGAAUAGAACCCGUCGUCACCAUCCAUCACUGGGACCUGCCGCUGGUCCUGCAGGAGGUCUACGGAGGAUGGAAGAACGACUCGCUCGUCGGGUUCUUUGAGGACUACGCCGCCUUUUGUUUCCGCACGUUCGGGGACCGCGUUGGGUACUGGCUCACGAUGCACAACCCGUAUCUGGUGGCCGCACAGGGGUAUGGCGCCGGGGUGCACGCCCCCGGGGAAACCGGGGGGGACGCCGCCGCGCUUAUCGUGGCCCACAAUUUGAUCAGGGCGCACGCCAAAGCCUGGCACAUCUAUGAUGCCCACUACCGACCGGCCCAGAAGGGUCACGUGUCGAUUGUUUUGGGCUCCCACUGGGUGGAACCUCCCAAAGGCCAACAACCCAUCGCAGCCGCCGCCGCCGCCGCCGCCGUGGAUCUUUGUCAGCAGUCGAUGGAAGCUGUUCUGGGUUGGUUCGCCAACCCCAUCCUCGGCGACGGAGAUUAUCCGCCUUCCUUGAAAGUCAAGCACGGCGGCCUCCUGCCCGCGUUUUCUGCCGAGGAGAAGCUGCGGGUGAAGAACACGGCCGACUUCUUCGCCCUGUCCUUCGGGCCGAACGUCCUGCGUCUGGGUCGGAGCCUGCCUCACCUGGGCCAGAACGUGUCUCCGGACCUGAGGCGCGUGCUGGCCUGGAUCAAGCUGGAGUACGGCGACUUGCCGGUUCUGCUGGCCGAGGUCGGGUGGUUCUCCGAGGCCAGCGUCGGCAUAGAGGACACGGUGGCCCUUUACCUGAUGAAGAGAUUCAUCAACCAGGCAUUACAAGCCGUCAGGUGGGACGGAGUUCGGUUGCUCGGCUACACGGCGUGGUCGCUGCUGGACGGCUUCGAGUGGAACUACGGCUACUCGGUCCGCCGGGGCCUCUUCUACGUCGACUUCGCUCAUCCCGAGAGCGGCAGGACGCCCAAAACCAGCGCGCAGUUUUACCGGCGGGUUAUUGCCGACGACGGCUUCCCCCGAGCGGAGCCCUCCCCGGAGGUUGAAGGUCAUUUCCCGUGUGAUUUCCAAUGGGGAAUCGCCGACUCCACCUUGGAGGUCCGCUUUUUCCCCUUCUCCCCCCAGUUUACAGACCCCCACGUGUACAGCUGGAACCGGACAGGAGACGGAUCGUUGCGUGCGGUCCCGGGCUUGAAGCUCCACGCCAACCGUUCCCAGUGCACGGACUUCCUGGCCGUCCGUGAUCACGUGGCGCUGUUUGCCUCGACGGGGGCCACCCACUACCGCUUCGCACUCAACUGGUCUCUGAUUUUACCGCGCGGGGACCUCUCCGACGUCAACGUGGAAGCGCUCAGGUACUACCGCUGUGUGCUGAGCGAGCUGCAGAAACUGGACCUGGAGGCGACGGUUAUCCUCUACUACCCGACGCGCAAAGCUCCCAACCUGGGCCUGCCCGGCGCUCUGCACGCCUCGGGGGGGUGGCUCAACUCCAGCACCGCCGACGCCUUCCGGGACUACGCGGCGCUCUGCUACCGGGAGCUGGGCCCCCGCGUCCGCUACUGGAUCACCGUGAACGAGCCGAACAGGCUGACGGAUCUUUAUUCCGGCGGCGACCGGCGACGGCUGGCUGCCCGUCAUCUCCUCGCGGCUCACGCCAAGGCCUGGCGGCUCCACGAGCGGGAGUACGCCCGUCGGCGGGCGAGCCGGGCGUCGCUGGCGCUCCACGCCGACUGGGCCGAGCCGGCGAAUCCCUUCCUGCUGAAGUCGCACGCGGCGGCCGUCGAUAGAUUCCUCCUUUUUGAACUGGGUCGCUUCCUGGACCCGCUGCUGAGGCCCGGGUACGAGGGGGAGGGGGCCCUCCGAAUACCUUUUUCCAAAAGCGAGAGGGAGGAGCUCCGAGGGGCUUUGAGCUUCAUCGCGUUGAACCAUUUCACCACCCGCCUGGUCUCCCCCUUCCCCGAUAACGUCCGGCCGAAAGACGCGGGCGAGCGCGGCUGCCUCGUCCUCUCCGACCCCACCUGGCCCUCCUCCGGUCUGGGCCAAGCUCUCGUCCCCUGGGGGCUGCGAAAGGUCCUGACCUGGGUGACCGAGCGAUACGGGCCGGCUCUGCCCGUCGUCGUCACGGCGAGCGGGGUCGACGACCGGGAUCCGGUCCGCGAUGGCACCAGGCAGCACUAUCUCAAAAGUUACCUGCGCGAGGCCCUCAAAGCGCUGCGGUUGGAUGGCGUCAACCUGCGGGGUUUUUACGUGUGGAAGUUGCAGGACGAUCUCGCCCCCCAGUACGGUCUUUUCAGCUCGACCGAGCAGCAGUCCAAAGCGAAGGCCUCCGUCGACGUCUACAGACAAAUCAUCGCUCGCAACGGCUUCCCUCGAGACGCGGGCUCGAACCCGUGUCGCUCCACCGAGGCGCGGCCGCCGUGUUCGUUGUGCGCGUGGCUGUCCGAGAACAAGGCCCUGGCGGUCUUUGGCUGCUGCCUCGUGCUCACAGCUGUCAUCUUCGCCGUGCUGGCCUUCUCCGCCGUCGUCAACGGGAGGAAGUACAACGGGGGCCGGAGGAGGCGAGGAAGGGCCGCACUCGUGCACUCGUGCGGCGGGCCUGCUGUCAAGCGGACUCCUUGUGCCGUACAUUAGCGGAGGGGUUCUAAAACUGACCCCUGGGGUCCACCAGGUGUACCUCAAUUGACGGACCGCGAAUAUGGUGUUCCCCUGGGGGUUACGGUCGCUACGCCCCCCCCCCCCCCCCCGAAAAUGGAUGGAUAAUACACAUUGCUUACACUGGGGCGGCACGGCGCCGCAGCUGUAAAGCGUCGGCCUCACACUUCUGAGGACCAGGGUUCAAUCCCGUCCCUCCCUGUGUGGAGUUCGCAUGAUCUCCCCGUGCCUGCGUGGCUUUCCUCCGGGUGGGCGCAUGCCUCAAUUGAAGACUCAAAUUUGCCCCGAGGUGUGAUUGCGAGUGCGACUGUACGUCCGUCGCCACGUUUCAGGGUGUACCCCGCUUCUUGCCCGAUGAGAGCUGGGAUAGGCUCCAGCACUCGCCUUCACCCUUGUGAGGAGAAGCGGCUAAGAUCAAUAAUACAAACACGAUUCUCCUUCAGCUUGAGCAUUGUAUGUCCCAGCAAAUGUUUCUUCUUCUUUUUCUUUCGGCUUGUCCCGCUUAAAAAAAUGCAAAUAAAAAAAAAAAAUGCACAUGUUUAAGGGGAAGCAAUGCUUUUACAGGCCAACGUGUGAGGAAUUUACCGGGAGCUUUCAAAAGUACUGUAUACGUAAGCCGCUUCCGGUACCUUGACCAGCGAGAGCUUCAGACGCUCUGCCGCUAGAUGGCGUCAGCGAUCUUGACAACGUCCAACCAGCAUCAGUGCACCGGAUCUCCUCGCAGGAAGUACCCGUUGCGUUCAGGUGCGUUCAUGACGGAUGUUUUGUUACGGACAAAAACGAUCGGAAUCAGAAUCUGCAUUAAUGGCCAAGUACGGAACAACACACAAGGAGUUUGUCUCUGGUACCACCUUUGCUGAGUUCAAUCUUUUUGUUGGUUUCAGUCAGGGUCCUUUUUCUGAGCUGCUUAUCCUCACAAGGGUGAUGGGGAGUGCUGGAGCCAUUUUCAGCGGUCAUCGGGCAGUCCGCCAGCCAAUCACAGGGCACAUGGAGAUAGACAACGGUCACAAUCACACCUACGGGCAAUUUUGAGUCUCCAAUGAAUGCACGUUUUGGGAGUGUGGGAGGAAAAUUUUAAAAUUUAGUUCUCGAAUUUUGUUUAUCAAAAAUUGAACAGAAACAAGGCACGCUCUCUUCCGAUAAGUAUUCAAAAAAUUGAGUACCCCAAAAGAACUUUCUGUGUGGUUUUAUUUGAUUAAGUCUGUCAAAAAUAUUCUCUGAUAUCAUUGUUGUUACAUUUUUUUGCUUAAAAUAUUUAUACCAUUUACAGAAGGGAUGUGAAUACUUUUUUGUAAUUAUUAUUACAGCUUUUCAUCAAUUCUAAGAUUCCACUCGGAAUAGAACUUAUUACAAAGAGAAAGUCUUAAAAUCUGACCAUAAAUUCUGAUAGCUAAGGGGUUGGCCAAAUUCGAUUUUUAUAAAUCCAAGUGAUUGUAAUGUAAAUUUUGUAAAAGUGAUUUGUUCCUUUUAGUAAUAUAUGCAUUGUUCCAAAGAAUAGAAUUGUGUUGGAGGGGGGGGGAUGGUGUGAGUGACAUAAUUUUCAUGCUAACAAAGCUCGUUAAUAACCCAUCCAUCCAUUUUCUUUUUCCGCUUAUCCUCAUGAGGGUCGCGGGGAGUGCUGUAGCCUAUCCCAGCUGUCAACGGGCAGGAGGCGGGGUCCACCCUGAACUGGUUACCACCCAAUCGCAGCUUGUUGAUAAUAUUUUUGACAAAUUCAUUGGUAACUUUGAAACACGAUGUUGACAUAACAAUGGAAAGUGAAGCCCUCCUGCAAUCUUAAAUAUAUACUGUGGGAUAAAAUGCAAUAUGGCGGCACAGUGGAGCAGCUGGAAAGCCUUUGGCCUCACAGAUCUGAAGUCCCAGGUACAAUCCCGGCCCCGCCAGAGUGGAGUUUGCAUGUUCUCCCCGUGCCUGGGUGGGUUUUUCUCCGGGUGGGCACUCCGGUUUCCUCCCACAUCCCAAAAACAGGCAAUAAUAAUUAAUUCGACUGUCUAAAUUGUCCCGAGGUGUGAUUGUGAGUGCGGCUGUUUGUCUCCAUGAGCCCUACGAUUGGCUUGCAACCGGUUUAGGGUGCGCCCCGCCUCCUGCCCGUUGACAGCUGGGAUAGGCUCCAGUGCUGCCCCGCGACCCUCGUGAGGAUAAGCGGCUAAGAAAAUGGAUGGAUAGAUAGUUUUAAACCCAACAGUCGAGAACUCAUCCAUUAGUGAGAUAGUUAAUUUGUUGCUUAUCCUGUAGAAAUAAAGCAGUUUC